UGGAUGAGGGCAAUGGUAGUAAUGGGAGGCCAAGCAAGUAAUACAGAGUGAACACAACCCUCUCUGGGGCCUAGAUAAAUAUUUUCCCUUAUACAAACUUUACAAGGGCUCUAAGGUGACAGCCAGAAGCUAAACUGCUGCAUAUGGAACAUAUUUUAUUUGAAUACUGACCUGUCCUUCUGGUUAUUGCUGAUUUUGGGUUGAGGGUUGGAGGGGAGAAAGGGGAGUGGGAAGGAGACUGCUGGGUAUAAAGGGAGAAGGAGAGGGACAGUCCUGUAUCCCAGUGAGAAGGAACAAGAUGAGAGGCAUUAUCCUGUGUGCUCUGUUAGCCACCGUCCUGAUUCAGGAGACUCAGGCAUGGGAGAACUGCUUUCCUUUUUUUCUUCCCUCGUGUAUGGGAAAACGAGAAGCUAUGAAAGGACCUAAGGCAAAUGUGGAAAGUGAAGCUCUGGUGCAGCCUGGGGGAACUGAGAUAGAGGAAGCUCUGAUGCAACUAAAGGGACCUGAGAUAGAGGAAGCUCUGACGCAGCUUAAGGAGACAGAGGAAGCUCUGAAGCUACUAAAGGAAACAAGGCACAAGAUUCCGGCAAGAUUUCGCCGUCACUUGUCUGUUUCUUAAGACCCUACGUCAGAUGGGAAUGACAGCUGUGAAUGCCGGAGAAUUUUCAUGUGAUUUUUGCAAGACAGAAGUAAAAGCCUGAGCUCUGCAUGACAAAUGUUUAUUUUCUGUUACAUUUCCUCAUCUCCCAUUAGUUCUCCCUUUCCUAAUCUCAGUUAUGUCCUUAUCCCAGGCAUGCCGCCCCUCAUUGCUUAUAAUUCCAGUCACUUGAUAUCUUCCUUUAUAUCCACUUUAUGUCCUGCCUGAUCCUCUUCCUAUUGAUUUGACUUUGGAACUUCUUUUUAAAUACAAUGGAAAAAAAACAACUUGUAGAUACAGUUGAUAUCAUUUAAAUAAAAAAAACUUCAGUGCA